UGGCGCACUUUGGGCGAAGUUAUCUGUAGAUCUAAUGCUAGGCAGGAGCUUCAAAGGAUGGUCAUUCCAGUCUGCCAGUCCGACCGAGGUUUCUGUUUAAACCACGCACACACACUGGGAACGAGGUUGGCUCGGCGGACACACGUGCCCUGCCUGCUGGCUGGCCUGCUAGUACUGUGUAAUGGCAAAUGAUGGCAUCAGCGCGAUGCACAGCAUACAGUAUGUACCAUCUAUUGCUGGUACACCCAAAUCAAAUUGCAGGUUUUUCUGUGCCUCCGCAAGCAGUGCCAGCAGACCUGUUGACAUUGUCACUAAAGACAAAGUCUUCAUUGACACCAAUGGUCUGGUCAACUCGCUCGAAGAAAAUGGGUUUUCAAGGCAACAGGCAGAGUGUCUCACGACUGUUUUGGUUAGUGUUUUCAGCAAGAAUGCAGAAGUUGUGUCAAAGGAGACAAUUUCAAAAGAACAGUUAGAAAUCAGUGUUCAGAUGAUCAUGUCACACAUCUCAGCUGUCAAGAAGGACAUGGUCAUCUUAGAGAAGAGUGAAUUCUCAACACUCCGCACUGAAAAUGAGAGAUUGGCAAAUCAAGUGACACAGUUGAACAAACAACUUAAGGAUGACAUCUCCAAUCUGAGUAACAAGGUGCUCUUGGACAUCAACAUGGAGAAAAGCCGGGUGAAAGAACAGGCCAAUGAGCAUCGAAUGCUGAUUGAAACCAACAAGAAUCUUGUGACCACCGAGGUAGCCAACGUCAUGUCUAAGCUGGAGGCGACUAAGAAUGACAUCUUUAGGUACUUUGCCGGGACACUGCUGGGCUGUUUGACAAUAGCGCUUGGGUUCUACCGCAUUUGGUCACACUGACAUCAGAUUUGAAAGUCAAUGUUAUUGUGUCCUGUUUUACCAGGUAAAUCCAAGGGUGGAUGGGGGGCCAUUUCCCCCAAAGCGAACUCCCCCCUUUAAUAAUGAGCAAGAGGCAAAUUAUUCUGUCUUUUUUAUACAUAUGAUAAGCCCCCAAAUGAAAGGAUUCACAAAGAAAAAAAUUCAAAUUUUUAAAACACAAGUUUCCCCCCCCCAAAAAA